AUGGAUGUUAUUCGAAACAAAGAGGGGAAAUGCAGGUUAAAAGUUCUGCAUCUCGUGAGUUGUAGAAGGUUGAUCAAGACGCCUAACUUCUCUACAUGCUUGACUUUGGAGAGACUCAUCGUGAAGGAUUGUGAUAGGCUGGUUGAAAUUGACCCUUCCAUUACUAUGCUGCAGCAUUUGAAGCACUUGGAAUUUAAGGGGUGUAUUGGUUUGAGGGUGCUUAAAGGAGCUCCAACCAUGCUCAAUCUAGGCAUGGUAUGUCAAUCAUGGCCUGACUCAUUGGGUAAUCUAAAGCAUCUGUCAACGCUAAGGAUGGAAAAUCUGGAACUCCUUGAACUUCCGGAUUCAAUAGGAGAGAUACCUGGUCUUCAAGUGUUGUCUUUACAUAAGUCAUCUGUGGAGAAACUUCCGGAGUCGAUUAGGAAACUGAAAUCUCUAGUCAAGUUGAUUUUAUCUUCCACGAACAUUAUUGAGCUGCCAGAUUCAAUCGGAGAGCUUAAGAGAUUGGAGAUUUUGGACAUGCAAGGAUGUAAAUUAAGAAAGCUCCCUAAGACAAUAGGGAUGUUGGAGAAGCUUGAAGAAUUAGAUGCUACAUUUUGCAUAUUUUUGGAGGGAGAAAUUCCGAUGGAAAUUGGGGCACUAUCAUCUUUGAAAGAGUUAAACUUAGUGGGAACCCGUAUUUCUGAAGUGCCACCAAGUAUUAGUCGGCUUUCUCAACUUACGGGAUUGUUUUUGUAUUGUUGUGAGGAGCUUCAACAACUGCCAGAGCUUCCUACAAGUUUGGCACAUUUGAACAUUUCGUCUUCAGCAUUACAGAGGAUUCCGGAUCUGUCAAACCUGACAGACUUACGUGGUCUUCAUUUGUCUGAUUAUGGUCGUCGUAGAUAUGCUGAUAUGACUCAUGCACCACUAAACGCAUGCCAAGCUCAAGAUUUGCAGUGUAUUGGGAGGUUAACUAGGUUGUCAAUGUUGACAUUGGACCUUUUAGACAUGACCGCGUUGCCCGCUGACUUUACAAGUACCCUUACUGAACUCAGGGAACUUAGGUUACCAAGCUCCACCUUUCAAUCUCUCGAACGGAUUCCACCCAAAGUUGGGAGGUUGUGUUUCAUUGAUCUUGAGUCCACAGAUGGAUGGUCAAACCUCCACACCUUCAAAUAUUUGUUCUGUUUUGAAAUAUGCAGGUCGCGCUUAACCGAAAUUCCACUGGAUGCACUUGGACAGCUGGAGAAACUUCGCUGGUUGGCUGUAUCGGAGUGUCAAUUUCUUGAGAGACUUUCCCAUUUACCAAGCUUAAGAAAGCUAGCGUAUUUGCGUGUUGAUAAGUGCCCACGGCUAGUUGAGAUUCAAGAUCUCGAACAAUCAGAAUCAUUGGAAGAAUUACGUAUUGGUUGUUGCCCGUCCUUAAAAGAGCUACCGGAUCUUUCCAGCUUACAGAACCUGAGCGACUUGCUAUUAUUUGAUUGCAACUCGUUGGAACGUUUGCCUGAUGUGAAUAAGGAAACAUGUCGUUUGAAUGUUUGUAGAUGCAAGAUGCUGCCUCACCAUUCAAGUCCAAAAUUUGAAUGGUAUGCUGAGCAUAUCGUUCUCAGUAGGCGUAUCGUCACUGGGAACUUUGCUUUCUGA